UUCCGCGAGGCGGGGGCAGCUCCAGCCCUGCUCCGCUGCGGGACUCCGCUCCCGGCCUGCUCCGCGCCCGCCCCGCCCCGCCGGGCCUCGCCCGUCUCAGCCUGUGGCCGGCGCGGACCGGCGGCACCCGGCGAGCGAACGACUCCCCUCCGUGACCCCGCUGGCUCUCGCAGCCCCGUCAUGGGGGACGGCGGUGAACGCUGGGCGCUGUGGCUGUGGGUACUGUGGCUGUGGGUGCCCGCGCGGUGUGGCGGUGCCAUGGACGAGUGCGCGGAGGAGCGGAGCGGGCGGGCGCAGCGCUGCAUGCCGGAGUUUGUGAACGCGGCGUUCAACGCUACGGUGCUGGCCACGCACACGUGCGGGGCGCCGGCCGAGGAGUACUGCGUGCAGACCGGGGUCACCGGCGUCACCCAGUCCUGCCACCUCUGCGACGCCGCCCAGCCGCACCUGAGCCAUGGCGCCGUGUUCCUCACUGACUACAACAGUCCGGCCGACGCGACCUGGUGGCAGAGCCGCACCAUGCUGGCCGGCGUGCAGCACCCCACCGCCGUCAACCUCACCCUGCACCUGGGAAAAGCGUUUGACAUCACGUAUGUGCGCCUGAAGUUCCACACCAGCCGGCCUGAGAGUUUUGCCAUCUACAAGCGCACACAGGAGGAUGGCCCUUGGGUGCCCUACCAGUACUACAGUGGAUCCUGUGAGAGCACCUACCACAAAAUCAACCGUGGCUUUAUCCGCACUGGGGAGGACGAGCAGCAGGCACUCUGCACUGAUGAGUUCAGUGACAUCUCCCCUCUUACUGGAGGCAAUGUGGCCUUCUCAACACUGGAGGGGCGUCCCAGUGCCUACAACUUUGACAACAGCCCGGUGCUGCAGGAAUGGGUGACGGCUACAGAUAUUAGAGUGACCCUCAAUCGUCUGAACACAUUUGGAGAUGAAGUUUUCAAUGACCCAAAAGUUCUCAAGUCUUACUACUAUGCAAUUUCUGAUUUUGCUGUGGGUGGUAGAUGCAAAUGCAACGGGCACGCAAGUGAGUGUGUGAAGAAUGAGCUUGGGAAGCUGGUCUGCAACUGCAAGCACAACACCUUUGGAGUGGACUGUGAAAAGUGCCUUCCUUUCUUCAACAACCGCCCAUGGAGGAGGGCAACCGCAGAGAGCGCCAACGAGUGCCUGCCAUGCGACUGCAACGGGCGGUCCCAGGAGUGCUACUUUGACCCCGAGUUGUACCGUGCCACGGGCCACGGCGGCCACUGCACCUCCUGUGCCGGCAACACAGAUGGACCCCACUGUGAGCGCUGCCGGGACAGCUUCUACCGCCUGGCCAGUGAUGAGGCCUGUCUGCCAUGCAGCUGCAAUCCAGUCGGCUCCCUCAGCACACAGUGCGACAGCUACGGCCAGUGCAGCUGCAAACCUGGUGUGAUGGGGGACAAGUGUGACAGGUGCCAGCCAGGGUUCCACUCCCUCUCUGAAGCUGGGUGCAGGCCAUGUUCUUGCAAUGCUGCUGGUAGCACAGGGGAAUGCAACAUUGAGACAGGGCGAUGUGCGUGCAAGGACAGUGUGGAGGGAUUCCACUGUGAGAGAUGCAAACCUGGAUUUUUCCAUCUGGAUUCCUCCAAUCCAAGAGGCUGUACCCCCUGCUUCUGUUUUGGACACUCUUCAGUCUGCACCAGUGCUGUGGGCUACAGUAUCUAUAACAUCACAUCCCGCUUCCAGUUUGGAGAGGAUGAGUGGCAUGCUGAGCAGCGUGAUGGCUCGGAAGUCUUUCUCCAAUGGAGUGCUGAGACCCAGGAUAUCUCCGUUAUCUCAGACACCUACUUUCCCAUGUACUUCGUUGCGCCCCGCAAGUUCUUGGGCAACCAGGUUUUGAGUUACGGGCAAAACCUGACUUUCUCCUUCCAUGUGGACAGGCGGGACACACGCCUCUCUGCAGAGGACCUGGUGCUGGAAGGGGCUGGGCUGAGGGUGUCAGUGCCUCUCAUUGCCCAGGGCAACUCCUACCCCAGUGAGAAUGUGCAGACCUACACCUUCAGGCUCCAUGAGGCUGCAGAUUACCCGUGGAGGCCUGCUCUUACGGCAUUUGAAUUCCAAAAGCUUCUCUACAACUUGACUUCCAUCAAGAUCCGUGGGACAUACAGUGAGAGAAGUGCCGGUCACCUGGAUGAUGUCACCAUCACAAGUGCUCGUCCCGGACCCGGUGUGCCUGUGGCCUGGGUGGAGAGCUGCUCAUGUCCAGUGGGAUAUGAGGGGCAGUUCUGUGAGCGUUGCACCUCUGGGUACCGGCGAGAGACCCCAAGCCUCGGGCCCUACAGCCCCUGUGUGCCUUGCACAUGCAACGGGCACAGCGAGACAUGUGAUCCCGAGACGGGCAUGUGCAAUUGCAGGGAUAACACAGCAGGGACUCACUGUGAGAAGUGCAGCGAUGGGUAUUAUGGCGAUGCCACAGCUGGCACAGCCUCAGAUUGCCAGCCCUGCCCGUGCCCAGGCAUCUCAAGCUGUGCCGUUGUGCCCCGCACCAAGGAGGUUGUGUGCACCAGCUGUCAGGCUGGCACUACAGGCAAGAGGUGUGAGCUGUGUGAUGAUGCCUAUUUCGGAGACCCACUGGGCCAAAAAGGUGCCGUGAGGCCCUGCCGCCUAUGCCAGUGCAACAACAACAUCGACCCCAAUGCUGUGGGCAACUGUGACCGCCAGACCGGCGAGUGCCUCAAGUGCAUCUACAACACUGCUGGCUUUUACUGUGACCGCUGCAAGGAUGGCUUCUUCGGGAACCCCCUGGCCCCUGACCCCUCUGACAAGUGCAGAGCUUGUCACUGCAAUCCCUAUGGCACAGUGAAUCAGCAGACGAUUUGCAAUCAAGUGACUGGGCAGUGUGAGUGCUUGUCUCAUGUCACUGGGAGGGACUGCAGUGCCUGUGAGCCUGGAUUCUUCAACCUCCAGAGUGGACGUGGCUGUGAGAGGUGCAACUGCCACGUGCUGGGCUCCACCAGUGGGCAGUGUGACAUCCAAACAGGGCAGUGCGAGUGCCAGCCAGGUGUCACCGGCCAGCAUUGUGAUAGAUGUGAGGCAAACCACUUCGGCUUUGGCUCUGAAGGCUGUAAACCUUGUGACUGUGAUCCUGAGGGCUCGCAGUCCCUGCAGUGCCGGGAGAACGGUCACUGUGAGUGCAAGGAAGGCUUCGUGGGUAGCCGCUGCAACCAGUGUGAGGAGAACUAUUUCUACAACCGCUCGUGGCCAGGCUGCCAGGAGUGUCCAGCCUGUUACAGAUUAGUGAAAGAUAAGGUAGCAGAGCAGCGUCAAAGACUGCUGGAGUUGGAAAAUAUUAUAGCAAAUCUGGGUACGAGAGAAGAAACUGUAACUGAUGAAGCCUUUGAAGAGAGGUUGAAGCAGGCAGAAAGAGAAGUUACAGAGUUACUCCAUGAAGCACAAAAGAGCAAAGACGUAGAUCAGGGCCUCAUGGAUCGUCUCAGAGACAUCAACAGCAGCUUAGUGAGUCAACUCAACAGGCUGAGGAACAUCCAGGGCACGGUGCAGGACACAGAGAACCUGGCGGAGCAGGCGCGGGUGCGGGUGGAGGACACUGAGGACCUGAUCAGCUUGGCUUCUGAUAUGCUGGAGAAGGCCAAGAUGGCAGCUGUCAAUGUGUCCAUUACAUCUCCAGAGCAAAUUGGGGACCCCAACAACAUGACUCUCUUGGCAGAAGAGGCCCGUAAGCUGGCAGAAAGGCACAAAAAGGAAGCUGAUGAGAUUGUUCACACAGCCAAGGCUGCAAAUGAUACUUCCACAGAAGCAUAUCAACUGCUGAUAAAGACCCUGGCUGGAGAAAACCAAACUGCAGUUGAUAUUGAUGAGCUCAACCAGAAGUACAGUCAAGCAAAGAAUAUUUCUCAAGACCUAGAGAAACAGGCCAACAAGGUGCUUGUGGAGGCAGAGGAAGCUGGAAACAGAGCCCUGGAGAUAUAUGCUAAUCUCACCAGCCUGCCUACUGUGGAUUCCACAGGGCUAGAGAAUGAAGCAAAUAAGAUCAAUAAGGAAGCAGAAGAACUGGAUCAACUAAUUGCCAGGAAGCUAAAAGAUUAUGAGGACUUGAGAGAAGAUAUGAAAGGAAAGGAGCUAGAAGUAAAGAACCUCUUGGAGAAAGGGAAGACAGAGCAGCAGACUGCAGACCAGCUCUUGGCUCGAGCAGAUGCAGCAAAAGCCCUGGCUGAAGAAGCUGCUCGGAAGAGCAGUGGCACACUACAGGAGGCCAAUACCAUUCUCAGCAAUCUGAAAGACUUUGACAGGCGGGUGAAUGAUAACAAGACAGCAGCUGAGGAGGCGCUGAAGAAAAUCCCUGCCAUCAGCCAGACCAUUGCAGAGGCCAACAACAAGACACACCAGGCAGAGCUGGCACUGGGCAAUGCUGCUGCUGAUGCCCGCGAGGCCAAGGCCAGAGCAGAUGAUGCUGAGAAAAUUGCCAGCUCCGUUCAGAAGAGUGCUGCUGCUACCAGAGCCGAAGCCGACAAGACCUUUGCUCACGUGACAGGACUGGCCAGGGAGGUGGAUGACGUGAUGAAGCAGCUGCAGGAUGCAGAAAAAGAGCUGAAGCGGAAGCAGGCCAGUGCUGAGCAGGAUAUGAAGAUGGCAGGCGAGGCCUCACAGGCUGCCCAGGAGGCAGAAGACAAUGCAAGAAAAGCUAAGAACUCCGUGAACAGCCUACUCACUGUCAUUAAUGACCUGCUGGAUCAACUAGGGCAACUGGAGACUGUGGACUUGAACAAAUUGAAUGAAAUUGAAGGUACCCUGAACAGUGCCAAAGACCAGAUGAAAGAUAGUGACCUGGACCAGAAAGUGUCUUUCCUUGAGAGAGAAGCCAAGAAGCAAGAUGAUGCGAUACAGGCCUACAACAGGGACAUUGAAGACAUCCUGAAGGACAUUAGCAACCUGGAAGACAUCAGGAAAACCUUGCCAUCUGGCUGUUUCAACACCCCGUCCAUUGAGAAACCCUAAGGGCGUGCUAGGGGUGGGGGGAAUCGCUGUGGUGAGUGGUGAUUCAGCCAUGUUUGGCCAUGGAGUGCCUUAACACACAUUACCGUCUCCAAAUCCCCAACUCUUCGCUGCUCGCAGCCACUGUUUUCUUCUCAAAUCAGGAUAAGUUGAAAGGGGUUUUUUUUUGUUUUGGUUGGGGUUUUGGUUUUUGUUUUGGGGUUUGUUUUUUUUUGUUGUUGUUGUUAGUUUUGUUUUGGGGUUUUUCUGGUUUUUGUUUGUUUUGUUUUUGUUUUAUUUUGGGUUUUUUGUUGGUGUUUUUUGUUUCUUUGGUUGGUUGGGUUUUUUUGAGAAGCAAAUUAAUUAAAUAUCCAUCUUUGGGCAUCAAAGGGGUUUUUUAUAUAGAUUGUUUUCCUGAGCUCUCUACCUUUGCCCCUUCCUCAGACACAGUUUCCCUUAGAUUAGUGCAAGGAUGAGAGAUGCUCUGGACUUUAUACUGUGGUUCAGAAAUAACUAUGUGAGCUGUAUACAGCAAGGCAAAACUAACACAACUUUCUCUCCUGUUUUCUCCCUUUGACUGUAAAAUCCUCAGUCCUGGAGCUCUUUGAAGCCCCCUAUGAAGGAAGGGGAUGGCUACCAAAGUAUUACUGUAAUAGCCAGUAUAGCUGCACUCAAUUCAGAUCCUUCUUCCCAACUUCUAACCCUGUGAAUUUAUUUUUUUCAUCAUUACUUAGUGGCCAGUCCAACAGUGUUGGUAGUCUUUGACAAAAUAUCUGAAGCCUCUUUCUGAAAUGCUUUCUGUGAUGAUGCAUUGCUAUGAGAAAAAGGCAGCCUCUGAUUGGAGCUCUUUGGGAAGAUGGGAUACUGGUGGAGUGAUGGGUUUCGCCAGUCCCACUUCUGUGGAGAAGUUUUGGAUCUGGAUUGAAAGCUGCUGCCUGCUGGGUAGUCCAGACUGCCAGAGUGUGGAAGCCACAAGCUGCACUUCCAUCUGUUGCUACUGAAUUUCCACAGGAUCUGGUUUUCUGGGCUUGAAAUGUGACUGACAGAUGAGUUUGUUGAAGCAGGACAAGUCUUGCUGAAGAGGAGAGCUGUCAUCCAGAGAGCUCCAACAGCUGCACUGGCCUCCAUGCUGAAUGUCUUUGGAUGGGGAAGGAAGGGGGCACAUGAGUGGAAAUGGAAAGGUUUUUUUUUUUUUCUUCCCAUGUUUUUCCUGGAGGAGGACAGUGGGAUUUUUAUCUCUCCUGCCAUUGCUCUGGCGUUUGCCUGUUUCAAAGCUGGGAGGAAGAGCUGGAAUUUCCUAGUGCCCUCCUUUCUUUUUGCCUCCAGAUCUCCCAGUCACUGUAAAGCUGCUGCAGUGCUGGGACCUCAGGCCAGGCUCAGGCACCAGCUCUGCCUUUUACACCACUCACAUUGCUUCCCUGCAGGCUCCCUCCUCAGGCAGUGCUCAUUGGUGCUGGGUGGGUGUGGCAAGGAGCCCCUUGCUCCCAGACAAGAGCAUCCUCUGCAGCUUCUUCCUUGCCUCCAGCCUGGCAUCCCUCCCCGCUUUCCCUGAGAUCCAGUAUAUAUAUCUAUCUUUAAACACUAUGCAACUUUGUACGUUUGUGUAUCGGGGAAGAACUUAUUAUCUGACACACACUGGUGCUAUUAAUUAUUUCAAAUUUAUGUUUUUUGUGUGAAUGUGAUUUUUUUGUUUCUGUUUUUUUUAUCAUGAUUAUAGUGUGAGGAAGUCUCUCGUGUGUGUGUAUGUGUGUGUAAAUAUACUCAGCCAUAUUUCCAGAGUCGCACAGCCUGGCCUCCUCUGUGUGCUUUCCCCUGUAGCCACUGGGGCAUGUGCACCAUGUAUCACUUCUCUCUAUAUCAUUCUCUUAAAACUUGGGAUUUCUUCUACCUGGGCUCCUGCUUGCUUCCCUGUAUCGUAUCGCCAGCACCCAUCUUUGCCUGUCAGGUGGAUGCUUUCCAUCCCUGUCUCCAAAGCCAGCCCUGCCCCCCAUGAUGCCUGCAGCACCCAGUUCUGUGUCACUUGUCCCCUGGGAUGCUGUGCCAGGAGUUGAACGGGGGCUGUGGUUUUGCAGCUGGGCUGUGAGGAGCUGUAGUACUGUUGGGAGACCAGACCAGCGCUGAGGCGGUCAGAGAGCUGCAUUUGGGGGCAUCUUGAUAUCACUGUGCAAAGCAGGAGGCUUAGUGCAGACAGAGGAUAUUUGGUAUCCCAAAGUCUGCAUGGCUCUUGAAUCCCUUCCCUUAAUGAUUGUGGAAUUUCCCUCCUGCCUGGAAACACCUCUGGAGGAGGGCUCCCUGUGCCUGCACACACAGGGACAUUGGGGUGCUCUGGGAAGAGCUGUGACCACAUCACCUCUGCUGAGGCUGUGAGAAGAACAGAUGCAAAGAUGUGUGCAUGUCCUGGCUGACCUCAGGCCUAAGGUUUCCUGCUUUCUUGUGGGUUUUUGGUUUUUUUUCUUAAGCCGUUUUUAACAGAAUUUUAUUUUUAAAUAAAAGAAAAUCUUUAUAAGCAAUCUGUUAAUCAGUACUUCAUUACAGCCAUUAUUCAUUGUAUAAGUCCAGUUAUUUCUUUACAUAAUGUGAUGAUGUGACAGCUGCUGGUGGAGUGCUGGGUGUCAUGGAUGACGCAUGACAUCUCUUCAUCACCUUAUUCCUGACUGUGGCCUCCUCAGUAUGUGCCUUCACUCCAGCACAGAUCUGUGGUCUUGCUGUCUGGGGUGGUGAAUAAAACGCAACACUUGCAGUUUUUAUGUAUAAAACGGUAUUUCUUAUUUAUAAUAAAGUCUGAAUAUUUGUAACCCCUUA